AUGGAGGCUCUUUUAUCUAUACCGAUGCUUUCCAUCUUCCUAGUUCCGGUCUUGUCAUCCUAUAGCACCAGCCUGAACCUACUCUUCUUCUACAUGACUUGGUCAACGCUGGUACUGUCGCAUUCCCGACUCCGUGUGGAACUGUUUGGAACGAUCGCAGUGCGCGUACUCUUCUUCGCGCUGCCAUCCCUUAUCUUCUUCCUCUUCGAUAUCCUAACCCCAUCGGCUGCGAUUCACAUCAAGGCGUAUGGCGCGACCGGCUUGCCAGGUGGAAAGAGGCGACGUCGGAUACGCGCGAAGGAACUGAAGGUCGCCGCGUGGGCACUGUUCAAUUUGUGCCUGGGUAUCGCUAUGCAAGGGCUACUUGAGACGUUACUUGUCCAGACGCUCGGUAAGCGCAGUGCGCUUAAGGUAUCAAUGAAGCUUCCUAUGCCAUUUGAGUUCCUCACAUAUGUCCUUCACCGCUAUGCUUUACACUCGAGAUGGUCUCCUAUGCUUGCCAGAUGGCACCGAGCGUGGUUUCAUUCGUUGCCUGCUCCAUUUCCACUAUCCGCACAUUACGACCAUCCGAUCACCUACCUGAUUACCAAGUUCGUCCCGACUUAUGCGCCGGCCAUCAUCUUCCGCUUCCAUAUGCUUACAUAUCUUUUGUACCUACUGUUAAUUUCUAUCGAGGAGACCUUCGCAUAUUCUGGAUAUACUGUCAUGCCGACAAACUUCUUUUUGGGUGGGAUCGCCCGUCGCAUGGAUAUGCAUUCGUUGAUGGGUGCAAGAGGGAAUUUUGGCCCGUGGGGUAUUAUGGAUUGGAUUUUUGGUACUGCUAUUAGAGACUCGAGUAGCGAUGGGCCUUCGAGUGAUGAGUCGGAUGAACCACAGGAUAUGCGGAAAGCAUAUGAGGCCGCGAGGCGAAAGGCUGCGUCGUCUUCGUCGAAGGGCAGAGGGCCCGGGCGACGAUGA